AGUAACCUGCGCGGUACGGGUGUAUUUCUUGGCUGUCCAUUUAUAAUUUCUGACGUUUUUCCUCUGAUGGGAGGUGGUGAUCAUUGUGCUGUUUUGGGUUGCAAUAAUGACCGACGGUAUCCAGAAAGAUAUGUCAUCAAAGAGCAUGUAAACACACUCAGGUUCCACUCAUGCCGGGAUAAGAAAUACUUCCCUCUCUGGACCCGACUGAUCCAACGGAAGGAUUUCAGAGUAAAAGCAUCGACUACAGUCUGCAGCAACCACUUUAAAUACGGCCAGCCAUAUCCUGAUGAACUCCAUCCGUCUUUAUUUUUGAGAGGAUACGACCUUCCUGAGACACCGAAAAGGGCACCGGUGAAGAGGCGAGCAUUAGACGUUACUACACCUCAGCCUAAGAAAAUCAGGACUUUGCCGUACAGGUCAAUAGGAAUCCAGGUAAACCCUGGUGAUAUUGACGAUGUCAAACUCAAAGCACUGGAGAACGAUCACAACUACGUACAUCUCCCGUUCCGUAACAAGCCCGUCAGUCCAGUGUACGUAGCCCACCUAGAAGACGAACUUGCUAAACUAACAGACAACUGUGGAGAACUCAGGCGAAAUCUUCUUGAAGCCAAGAGUAACAUUGACAGACUUAAACUUGAGGCCCAAGCUAAAACAAAACAGAGAUUUUCCAUCAGAGAUAUUUGCCAUUCAAAUGAACUCAUUAAACUCUAUACUGGACUCCCCAGAUAUCAGCUUUUUGAAUGGCUUUUUGAAGAAAUUAAGCCACACACUAAGAACAUGCACUACUAUAAGGGCAAAAGAUCAGCUGAAGACAAAGCCUACCAGCUAAAGAACAGUGAUAAACCAGGGCGGAAGAGGUCGCAAGCUUUAGAAGAUGAACUAUUGAUGACACUAAUGAAGCUUCGUCUUAAUCUCAGAGAAGAUGAUCUGGCCUUCCGAUUUGGAGUUUCUCAGAGCACUGUGUCUCAGGUUAUAUCAACCUGGCUCCCUCUUGUAGAUAGAGAGCUUACUUAAAGGGAAGAUACAACAGUAAACAUCACAGAGCGAAAUGAUCAUAUUAUCAGAAAAUACCUUACUGGAUUGUUAGGGAAUGACAGUCUGAAGCAUCCUGUGAUAUCGUGGCCCCUGGUGUGCUGACAUUCGCAAGAAAAAUGGUAUUUUCCAACGCUGGUCGGCCGACCAGUGUUUGAGAAAACUGGCUUUUUAAAAAAACUGUUCCUACUUUUUCAUAAUUAGUUUUUCCGCACUUUCUUUACAAUUGAUUACGCACCUGUGAAGGGGUACAAGCCUGCUAGACUGAUUCUCUGACUUGAC